AUGAUCUCUGCUUAUGAUUUGACAACAAGAGAUAACUGUGGCACACUCAUCUCCAAACCACUUUUGACUGGUCCUAACUACGAUAUAUGGGCUACCAAUUUGCGUUUGGCGCUUACGGCAAGAAAGGAAUUCGGUUUUGUCAAUGGUACUAUCCUUGAGCGAGAUGAAACUUCUGCCACUCAUGAAGACUGGACUGCGAACAAUGCUCUUGUCAUCUCAUGGAUGAAACUUACAAUCGAUAAAACCCUCACACCAUCUAACCUAGGUUGUUGA